CAUCGGUGGAGUGCUAGUAUGGCUGACGGAUCUCUCGCGUCGGCGGUGGCUCUGCCAGAGCCAGACGACCGUCCCCAGUCGCCGGAAGAAUCGAGACUCAAGCGGCGGAACUCAAGCGUUGCAGACCCGGACUAUAAGCGUCGUCGGCUGAGCUCGCCGGGGGAACGGAGACGGGCAUCGCCAGACGCAGAAUUGAAGGAAGGGAGGCAAGAAAGUGACCGGCAGACGGAUCGCAGAGCGGGUAGACGGGCGGGGAGGGAGGAGGAGCGUCGGCGCGGCCAGCGACUGUUUGGAGCACUGCUGGGGACGCUGUCGCAGACGUCGACUGUGGCAGCGCAGAAGCGACGCGCGGAUAUCGAGAAACGACAGCGGGACAAGCUACGGCUCCAGGAGGAAGAAUACGAUGAGCUGAAGAAGAAAAAGAAAGCAGAGCUGCUGGGGGCGCGACAGAAGGAGCACAGGAUCUACGAGAGGGAAUCGAUGCGUGUCCGCCAUUCGAAUAUGCUGGCAAUGGCACAUUGUCUCAAGACCAAAACCAAGCCUGUGCUGUACUACAAACCAUGGCAAUUACAACGCGAAGAAGAGGAGAUCAUCCAAGAACAGAUCGACGAAGCUGAAGCGACGAUUGCCCGCGAGACGGCGGAGUUCGAAGCUCGCCACCCUCCCGAAGAAGAGGCCCAGUCCAAAGAAUCCGUUCCACCAGAGAAAGAGCGGGCAGAUGUGACACAGACAGAGGCAAACCAGCCUGCCGAUGCAGUUCCUGAGACGUCAAAUGCACCUGAGCCGGAACCCAACGACGCUAACCAGUCUGAAGCAACACACUCGGACACCGUUGCGUCUAUCCACGACCCCAAUCUUGCCGACCAUAAUACUGAGGAUGCACACCGAGAUGGGGAGGAUGACGGGGGUGAAAUGGUCGAAGACAACGAAGACACAGUCAUGUACUAGCAGUGGCGACCGAAUACUGUUCAAAGGACAUAGUUUCAUGCGAAAUGUAUGCUAAAGUGUACAACAUAUGUGAAACAAGAUGUCCACUCCCAAGACCUGCCGAGGCUCGGCGCUCGUGUCACUAUUAAUUAACACGCCCAACAAAUGACUGGGUUCAAAAGGUUCAACUAAUAAAGAAAUAAAUCACUCCUUAGGUAUUAUAGAUGUCCGA